AUGCUUGCUGUGGCGGGCGGGUCCACUUCGUCAGUGGUCCCGCUGCCCCACACGCUCAGGAGCUCUGCCCAUGGCUCCUGGUUGGCGACGCCACGCCGGGCGCCGGGGCGCCAGCUGCGGCACACGGCUCGCCAGGGGAUGUCCGGCUUCUCCUUUGUGAAGUUCGCGAUUGUCGGUGGUGUCGCCCACUGGCUGGCAAACUUCUUCAAGUUCAGCUGGACCAGGCGGCCAAAAAGUGCGCCUGGACCUACGCAGGCGCUUAUCAGACGACAAAAGCGCGCGGAGUCCGAGGCUGCGGAGGCGAGAAAGAUGUUCAAACGAGCGUCGCAGUUCUUCGUGAACACGAGAGAAUCCACAGGCGUGGUCCUCAACCGCUCGGCGCCAGAAAUCGUCUCCUGCGCCCGAAGGCGCCUGGAGGGAGCAGUCAAUGCACUGCGGAAGGCCAACAAGGAGCUCCGGGAUGCACAGGCAGAUCUCCUUGCCUACCCGGUGCCAGAGUACCUAGCUCCGGCACAAGAGCAGGGGGCCAUCAUUAUUGGUGUCACUGGCUAUCCAGGUGUGGGAAAGUCUUCAUGGGUCAACGCAGUGAGACGCGUCUCGUCUCCGAACGACCCAGAGUACGCCGAGAUCUGCGUGGAUGGCCCUACCAUGGAACCCAUGAUGUACAAGUUCCCCGUGCAGACCCAGAAGCCGUGCGUGAUUUGGGACCUGCCCGGUGUUGGAACCUCCGGAUAUCCGCCGGAGAAGUACUUGCAGAAGCUUGGCAUUCGGCACUUCGACCUGGUCGUUCUUAUCACCGACCAGAGAUUUACCGAGGCGGAGCUACUCCUCCUGGAUGACCUCAAGCAUUGGGAUGUGCCAUUCUUCAUGGUGCGUAACAAGAUCGAUCUGGAUGUUGAGAGGGAACUCGACGCGGAACAGGAGGUCUUGGACAACCGAGGAUUUGGGGCCCAGAUAGAGGAUGACGAGAGAAGAGAGAUCGUUCGCGACACUCUCAUAAACGUGAAGGAGGACUUAUCAAUCUUACACCAUGUGGACAGUGUGUAUUGCAUUUCCUCCAUCAAGCAGUUCUGGCAUUCGUUCGACUUCCCAAGGCUCGAGCAGGACCUCACGGUGGCGUUGCGGCGUCAGCGAGCUUCUGAGGAUUCCUCGAUCGAGCUGGUCGAGGGAUGA